AAAUAGAAGUCAAGAAUAGAGAAGACAGACCGUUAUCAAGUGAUAUCAAUUUUCAUGUGCUGUUAAUGUGAAUGUUCAGACAAACAGAAUGUCAUUUCCAAAUAAAGAAGAUAGACUUGUUUGUUGGAAUCAUAGAGACGAGUAUUGGAAAUGUUUAGAUGAAUCCAAAUCACAAACUGAUUGUAAUGAAUUUAGAAAAAAAUAUGAACAAUUUUGUCCAUCUCAAUGGGUGAAACAUUUUGAUCGUAAAAGGGAAUAUAUCAAAUUUAAAGAACGUUUGGAGCUAGAAGGAUAUGUUCCAGAAGAAAAAAAACGGACAUCUGUUUGAUAGAACAAUAAACAAAACAAAAACAAAAAAUGUAUAUCUAUA